AUGUUUGGGCAAGAAUCGGAGGCUUACCAACGAUUCAGAGCUCAACAGAAAGCUCAAUAUGCUGCAGAUCUAAAGAAACAAAUUGAAGAACAAGCGAAAAAAGAUGUUCGGCAAACAGUUGUCAAUCAAAUUCUUCAAAAUCCAAAAGCACCUAUAAGACAAAUACAAAUCUUACAGAGAAACAGAUACAAUCCUUCACUUGCAGAUGCUCCAAUAGAAAAGAAAGAGAUUCCUGUUUCAAUUCAAAAAAUUCCGGAAUCUUAUAACGUUCAAAACGAAGAACCUCCUUCAGCCAGAAGAUAUCAAGAGCUAUCGCCACGAAAAGACAUUCCACCGCCCGUUUUACCAAAUAAUGACUCAGCAAUUCAAAAUUUACAACUUUCAAUUGAUAGAAUCGUUUCAAUAGACCUUCCUAAUAGAAUUAAACCAUGCGAAGAUGCUAUAUCCAAUCUAAAUAUGAAAAUUGAAAGAUCGAUAACAUCAAAUUCCGAUCAAAUUCAAAAUCUAAAAGAUAAAUUUUCAGAAAUUUCUCUUUCAAUUAACAGUUUAUCACGAAAAAUCAACGACAAUUCGGAUAAAAUUCGCUAUGCAAUUACAGAAAUACAGCAAGACAAUCAAAAAUUACGAGAUACUUUAUCAUCAACAAAUUCACGUGUACAAAACUUAGAAAGUUACAUGAGCAAGCUUGAAGAAGCAUUUAAUACUAUAUCUAUGCGUCAAGGCAUGCUAGAACAGUCUGUAUCCCAGUCAAUUGAAAAAUUGCAGCAAACAAUUACAAGUAUUUCAACGUCUUCUCAAGCAGGUGAUCAACAUAUUAUGUCACAAUUAGAAUCUCUUAACAAACAAACGAUAAAUGCCUUUCUACAAGCGAAUAACAACAUUCAAACCCUUUCAAAUUCAAUUUCUUCGCUCACAAACGAUGUAAAGUCAUCAUUUACCAUUGUAAGAAAAGAAUUUGAUGACGCUCUUGUCGAUAUGACGCAAAAAACUCAAAAUGCGACACUUGAAAACGCUCAAGCCUCCCAAACAUUGCAGGAUGAGGUUGUUGAUACGUUUGUUUCUCUCCAAGGUGUCAUAGAGAAGUCGAAUAAGGCCAUGGAAGAGGCUCUUCAAAGGGAAUAUGAUGCAAGACAAAAUGAUAAUUCAACUUUUCUUGAGGCGAACGAAAUAUUUACCACAGCCGUGGCAGCGCAAUUAACUAACCUUGGAAAAGCAAUAGAAAGAACUAACAAUAACAUUAAAACUUCAGUUGAAACUGGAUGCGCUCUUCAUUUGGGAACUUGGAGGAAUGAUAUGAAUAAAUUUAUUAAUGAUACCGCUACAAGUGUCACAGAAUGCCAAGGAAAAAUGAAAGAAGUUGAAAAGAGAAUGGCAAAAGUAUCAAAUGAUAAUAAUUUGAAUAAAAGAGUUGAAAAACUUGAAAAUAUGAUUGACCAAUACGAAUCAUUAAUAAAGGAACUACAAAACGAUCUUAAAAUGCAAAAACAAAAUCAAGUUCAAAAUCAAAUCCAAAAUUCGAACCAUCCUCCUUCGAAAUCGCAUCCCCCGCCAGCAGUAGUUACAAACAUACCUCUUUCUCAGUUAAUUGACGCUGUAAAACAAAAACCAAAAUCUCCUUCACCUCAAAAUCAACAAAACCAAGCGUCAAACAAUAAAAAUGCUUUGCUAAAGCAGGUGGUUAGUGAAUUGAAUCAAAAUAAUGAAAACGAACCUCAAAAUAAUUUAAAUAAUUUGGAAAAAAUGGUUAAAGACCAAAUCGUUACAGAAAAGCCAGUUGAACCUAGUACUAAAAAGCCAGUUACGUCAAAGCCAUCAAAGAAAUUAGAGCCUGUAAUUCCAGAAUUCCCAAUUAAUUUAGAAAAACAAGAAAAUUCUGAAGAAGAGUCUUACGAGGAAGAUGAUAACAGUGAUUUGACUGAUAUCAAAUUCCAAUCACAAGGAGAAUCAUUAAGUCGCGUUGAUUUCCUUGAUCGAAAUAAUUAUUUGUAA